AUGGUAAACGUGAAAGUGGAGUUUCUAGGCGGACUGGAUGCUAUUUUCGGAAAGCAAAGAGUACAUAAAAUUACCAUGGAUAAAGAAGAUCCUGUCACAGUGGGCGAUUUGAUUGAUCACAUUGUAUCUACCAUGAUUAAUAACCCUAAUGACGUUAGUAUCUUCAUCGAAGAUGAUUCUAUAAGACCCGGUAUCAUCACAUUAAUCAACGACACUGAUUGGGAACUUGAAGGCGAAAAAGACUAUAUAUUGGAAGACGGUGACAUCAUCUCUUUUACUUCAACGUUGCACGGUGGCUAA